AUCAAUAACAUUCUUGGCUAAACGGGUACCCCCGAAGGCCAAAAACGUGAACAAGAAGAAGAAGUUAAUCGAAUAACAUUCAACGACGAAACACGUUUUACAAACAAUGUGUGUUAAAUUGAAACGCUACAUUUAAAAGUGCGAUUGAUCUCGUGAGACAGACUCAGCUUAUAAGCAAAAACAAUAGGUUAGAGCGAGCAUGGAUCCCGGCGAGCCGGACAGGAGGAAGGUGCUGCGGGUGGCGCAGGAGAUCUCGCUGGCCAAGAUCCUGGCCUCCAACGACAAGCGCACGCGGGACCGCGGCGUGAGGAAGCUGGGCAAGUGGCUGGCGGCGCGGGCGCGCGCGGGGCUGCGCUUAUCGGAGGACGACCUGCUGCGCGUGUGGAAGGGCCUGUUCUACUGCAUGUGGAUGGCGGACAAGCCCCUGGUGCAGGAGGAGCUGGCCGAGGCCAUCAGCCGGCUCGUGCACUCCGGGGGAGACCUGGACUUCGCCGUCAGCUUCACGGCGUGCUGCCUGCGCACCAUGGCGCGCGAGUGGGCGGGCAUCGACCACCUCCGCCUGGACAAGUUCCUGAUGCUGGUGCGGCGCGUGGUGCGCCAGCUGCUGGGGGCGUGUUCCCGGGAGGACUGGGCGCCCCGGAGCCUGGAGGCGGUGGGCGCCAUGCUGGAGGCCACCGUGCUGUCCCGCGGGGGCGCUCGCAGCCUGUCGGCGCACGUGUGCGAGGUGCUGCUGGUGGAGCUGGCCAAGGCGAGCCGGGGACACCUGCCCGAGGACUCGCUGCUCGCACUGCUGCGCCCCUUCGCGGCCUUCCUCGGCCGGGCGGGGGACCGCUUCCUGCGCGCCCACGUGGUGGACCACGUGUUCCACCACCUGAUCCGGCAGUCGGAGUUCGGGCAGGACUGCGAGGCGCGCUUCGCCGCGUGGCGGGCCGCCGGCUUCCCGGGCUCCAGCUGGGAGCAGAUGGCGCGGGUGGAGGUCUCCGACGACGAGGACGAGGAGGAGGAGGGGCGGGACCCGGGGAGCGACGGCGAGGCGGAGCUGGACCCGCGCGCGGGCAGCGUGCACGUGGACCUCCGGCCGCUGCCGUUCUCCCCCGAGGCCGUCGCCAAGUUGCUGCUGGACCGGCGCGCCGCCACCUUCAAGCUGUGCUACCGACGCUCGCUCAAGAAGCUGGCGGGCGACUUCCUGCUGAUGUCGGCGGGCAAGUACCCGCUCAGUCUGCAGGGCCUGCAGGGCGUCCGGAGGCACAUUGCCCAGGUGAGGCAGGGCUUCAAGCGCGAGCGCCGUACGGCCAAGGAGACCAAGCGGCUGAUGGCGUUCGAGGAGGAACUCAGGCAACAGACAGGAGGGAAAAGAAAAUCUAAAAAGCGAAAGUUAAAAAAAUGAUGGGUAAUUUUUUUAAGAGUGGCUUUUCAGUAAAAUAAAAUAAAAAAUAAAAUAAAGGUAUUUUUGAGUACUUUACUCUGCUGUAGCGAGGACAGAAAAAAAAAAUUGAAACAAUAAUUAUUAAAUUCGUGUAAGAUUUAAAUUACAGUGAGUUUAAUAAUAUUCCCAUCAAUAUUUAGUCAAUUUUUUUGUAUACCACACAGUUUUCCUACUUUCAAAAGAUCUUUUUAACUAUUGUGUUUUCAAAAUUUGAUUUGUAAUAAAAAUUCAUCAUUUUCGAAAAGUAAUAUGUUUUCAUGAUUUUUCAGUGUUUUUAAUGUUUUCUUUGUAUCUUUCUCUUAAGUUAUAAUUAACUAGAAGUACCUAGACCAAUAAACACAUACUAAGGAUAAAUGCGUACUAUUUCAUGGAUUAAAAUUAUGUGAAUAGUAAUUUCUAAACAAGUAGUACUGUUGCGUGAAAAUAAUUUCUUGUUCCCUCGAAACAAAAGACAAAAAUGUAAGAGGUAUUUAUGGUUUAUCAAUAUUGCUGUGUGCAAUAAUGGUUCAGAAAUAGUUUCAAUUACUGGAAAAUAACAUCUUUUACAAGUAACAAACUUUUUGCAUUAUCACAAUGUCCCUUUACAGAAUCAUCGAACAUAAUUAUUAGUACCUACUAAUACUUUUUUCCUUGGAAAAGCGACGAAUUACAAUAUGACGGCCUUGGAGCUCGGAUCAAGAAACGAUGCACAACGGAGACGGAAUGAGCAGAGCGAUACUUGCGAAGGUGAAACACUGAGACAGAAUUGUAAGAGAUGUAAAUGUACUAUUAAGUGCCUGUAUAAGACAGUUGGGUUUGUACGUAUGAAUGUAAUGAACAUAACUUUACUGGAAAAUAUAAGUCCAGGCCUCAGUUUGAAUUGUUCUCUCGAUUGUGAUGGUUGUGGCUUAUUUAUGUUAUGCAAUGAUUACUUAUGCAUUUUGUUUAGUUGAUAGAAUUCGGCAUUCCAAACUGUGAAAAUAAAAAUUCAAUUGGCCAAUUAUAACUGCAAGGGGUUGGAAAAAACAGGGUUUAGAAGACAUUGGUGUGCCCUUAGUAGUUAUAAUUGUUAAUAUCUAAAACAUUUGUCUGCACCAAUGUUAUCUAAGAUGAAUCAUUGCUGUAAGGAAUUUAAUAAACAGGGGUGAAAAUAAAAAAAAAUUUUUUUUGUAUCAUGUACACUAUUGAAACUGUUCUUAUUUAUUUUAAGCUUUCUAAAUAUUAUCUCAAACCUUUUUCAAAAAUAAUUUUAGAUGUGACUAAUCAUUACUUCAAGGGGUGGAAAUAAGGGUUGAAGCAAAAAAAGAACUCCUUAAAUAGGUAUAUAUAUCAAACCAUUGUAAUUAAUUGUAUGAAUCCUAAACAAUGUUUAAAACUUUGGCUGAAGAUUUCUGAUGAAACUAUUACUGUAAGAGGUGGAAAAAAAGGUUUAAAUAAAAAAAAACUUCUUUACCUUUUA